CGGGCAGAAGUCCAUUCACAUUACAAGUACAGAAAGCAGGUAACUAUCCUGAGUUAGUUUAUUCAAGUCCAACACUCAAAAGUUCUCCAAUUUCCCAAGAAAGAAGUGACAGAGGAAACAAGCAACAUCUCGGGUGCUCUACAAAGUUGACAUGCCUGUGACUGAGAGGAAAAUUCACCACCUGUUCUUCCAGACUGUGUAGAUCAAAGGAAAAAGCAGCUGAAGAAAAAGAUCAAACGGAAAUGACAAGUGCUCAAUUUGAAUGUCAAUACUGCACGGCAUCCCUUCUUGGGAAGAAGUAUGUACUCAAGGAUGAUAAUCUAUACUGUGUCUCCUGCUAUGAUCGGAUCUUUUCUAACUAUUGUGAACACUGCAAAGAACCAAUUGAAUCAGACUCUAAGGAUCUUUGUUACAAAAACCAUCACUGGCAUGAAGGAUGCUUCAAGUGCACCAAAUGCCAUCACUCCUUGGUGGAAAAGCCUUUUGUUGCCAAGGAUGAACGUCUGCUGUGCACCGACUGCUAUUCCGAUGAGUGUUCUUCCAAGUGCUUCCACUGCAAGAGAACCAUCAUGCCAGGAUCUCGAAAAAUGGAAUUUAGGGGCAACUACUGGCACGAAACCUGCUUUGUGUGUGAGCACUGCCGACAGCCAAUAGGAACCAAGCCUCUGAUCUCAAAAGAGAGUGGCAAUUAUUGUGUGCCAUGUUUCGAGAAGGAAUUUGCUCACUACUGCAACUUCUGUAAGAAGGUGAUAACUUCUGGUGGGAUCACCUUCCGUGACCAGUUAUGGCAUAAAGAGUGUUUUCUGUGCAGCGGCUGUAGGAAAGAGCUUUGCGAGGAGGCAUUUAUGUCUAGGGAUGAUUUCCCAUUCUGCCUGGAUUGCUACAACCAUCUUUAUGCCAAAAAGUGUGCAGCCUGCACCAAGCCCAUCACUGGUCUCAGAGGUGCCAAGUUCAUCUGCUUUCAAGACCGCCAGUGGCACAGUGAGUGCUUCAACUGUGGAAAGUGUUCCGUCUCCUUGGUGGGUGAAGGAUUCCUAACUCAGAACAUGGAGAUCUUCUGUCGCAAGUGUGGCUCUGGAGCAGACACUGAUAUGUAGAAAGAGACAGUCUUUCCCCAUUUGAAACCCACUUUGCCUUUGCCCUCACUAAAUCGGGAACUCGGUGGCAGUAA